AUGGCCUCCGAAGCCCCCAAGGAUCUCCCCGUGCGGCCUGCUGCCGAGGCCCAGAGCAAACCAGCUGCUGCUGCCCCGCCAAACGAUGCCAAAGUGAAAAAGGCCCCCGCCCCCGACGUCCUGCCCGAAUGGAUGAUUGAGCGCAACAACUUUUUCGAAGAGCUCUGGCAGAAGCAUCUUGAGAACACCAAAAACCGAGAUCAUCCUGAGAUCAACGUUACCCUCGACAUCGGUAACGGCAACCCCGCAACUCAGGUCCCCGCGAAGGCCUACGAGACCACCCCUGGCUCCUUCCUGCGUGACGUGCCGAAGGAUAUUAGCGCCAAUGUCGUUGUUGCAAAGGUCAACGGUGAAUUGUGGGACCUCAACCGACCUCUCGAGGGCGACUGCACCGUGUCCUUGGUUCCAUUCAGCGACCCCGAGGGUCGCUCGACCUUCUGGCAUUCUGCUGCUCACGGAUUGGGCGAGGGUUGCGAAUGUGAAUACAACAGUCUCCUAUCCCACGGUCCCCCGACUGCGCAAGGUUUCUUUUACGAUAUGGCCAUGCCUGAAGGUCGUGUCGUCCGAGAGACUGACUGGCCGGCGCUUGAUAAGCGUGUCCAAGCCGUUUUCAAGGAGAAGCAGGCGUUUGAUCGGUUGGAUGUCUCAAAAGAGGAUCUCCGCAAGAUGUUUGCCUACUCCAAGUAUAAGCUGCACUACAUUGACAAGUUGGUCACUGGUGAAUCGAGCACAGUCUACCGCUGUGGUACCCUGGUUGAUCUCUGCCGUGGACCCCACAUUCAAAACACUGGCAAAGUAAAGACGUUUAAGAUUAUGCAAACGAGCGCGGCUUACUGGCUAGGAGACCAAAGCAAUGAGUCUUUGCAGCGUAUUCGUGGUGUUGCAUUCCCGGAUAAGAAGGGAAUGGCCGAUCACCUGAAAUUCCUUGAGGAGGCAGAGAAGCGAAACCACUUGAGAAUUGGCAAGGAGCAAGAACUUUUCUUCUUUGAUGAUGUUUCACCGGGUUGUCCUUUCCUUUUACCCAACGGAACCAAAAUCUUCAAUGCUAUUCAAAGUCUCCUCCGGUCCGAAUACCGGAAGCGUGGAUACCAAGAGGUCCAAACACCCAACAUGUAUGAUGUGGGCAUCUGGAAGACCAGUGGACAUUGGCAACAUUACUCUGAGGACAUGUUCAAGCUGAAUGUUGAGAAACGCGAGUGGGCUCUGAAGCCAAUGAACUGCCCCGGUCACUUCAUUUUAUGGGGCCACCGCGUCCGAUCAUGGAAGGAGAUGCCCCUCCGCAUUGCGGACUUUGGUGUGCUCCACAGAGCUGAAGCGAGUGGUGCCCUUUCAGGAAUGACCCGUGUGCGCAAGUUCCAACAGGAUGACACCCACAUCUUCUGUACUCAAGAUCAGAUCACGUCGGAGAUCGAAGGCUUGUUCGAUUUCUUACAGUCAAUUUACGGUCUGUUCGGCUUCACCUUCAAGCUGAAGUUGUCUACUCGCCCUGACAAGUACCUGGGUGAGCUUGCGACAUGGGACUACGCCGAAGAUCAACUCAAAAAGGCCAUGACCAAGUUCAAGGGUGACGAUUGGAUUAUCGACGAGGGUGACGGCGCUUUCUACGGGCCCAAGAUUGAUAUCACCAUUGCGGAUGCCCUGCAGCGUGAGUUCCAGUGCGCCACUAUCCAAUUGGAUUACCAGGCCCCGAUCAACUUCAAUAUGCAGUACGUCACCAAUGAGAAGGGUGAGAAGAAGACGACGGAAGAACCGAAGGAGGGUGAGGAGGCACAGGCUAAGAGCAAUCCCAAUGAGUUGCCUGCUGGUCGUGCACGCCCCGUCGUCAUCCACAGAGCGAUCAUCGGUUCUUUUGAACGCUUCUUUGGUAUUCUUACGGAACAUUUUGCUGGCAAAUGGCCCUUCUGGUUGAACCCAAGGCAGAUCUUGAUCGUUCCCGUGAUGCCGGCUGUCUACGGCUACGCUGAGGAGCUACAAAAGAUCUUCCAGGCUGAUAAAUUGAAUGUCGACAUCGAUGUCAGUGGCAACACCUUGCAGAAGAAGAUCCGUACCGGGCAGAUCCAGCAGUACGGCUUCAUCUUGGUUGUGGGAGCAAACGAGGCGGAAACUAGAUCCGUCAAUAUCAGAAACCGCGAUGACCCAGCGACACAGAAGCAGGGUAUUAUGAUUCCCCUUGAGGAGGCACGGAUCAAGUUCAAGGCCUUGCGUAAGGAACGUCGGUUGGAGAACGCUCUUUAA